AUGUCGGCUCGACGCAGGGAAUCGGUUCUUGCAAGGCAGCACGAAGGACAAGAAGGCGGCCUGCGCGAGGUAACUUGGCGACGCAACGCGCUUCCGCGGCGCAAGAGCACGCGCCGGAGGGAAAAUAUCCUCCGAGAUGUCAACGAGAUGGGAAAUGAAACUCGCUGGGUAGCGCGAGAGCGGCGCGACUAA